GCUUUACAGUUGUUCCUGUUGUGUGGGUUCAAAGUGUGGGAUUUUUAGCUUUCUCUGUAUAUUGCGAAUGAAAUGAAGGGUGCGAACUAAAUGCAAUGCAAAUGUGAAUUUACUAAAUUUCUAAUCAGCCAAGAGUGGCAGCAUCAAUUUAACCCCCUGCAAAAGCAGCUGAUUGUUAAAACGUGUGCGCGAAACAAAUUGUAAAAAUUAUGGAGGAUUCAACUGGCCAACCAGUAACAAGUAUUGGCGCAUCUGAACGCGUGAUUAAGGAACGUAGUGCUGAGAUAAUUGCUGGAGGUAGCGUCUUUUAUAACCCAGUACAGGAGUUUAAUCGUGAUUUGAGCAUAUCGGUGCUUAAUGUUUUUGCAAAAAGAUUCUUAAAAGAACGAGCUCAAUCUGAAAAUGUAGAAUUUGACGAUAGCACGUUCGUGGCCGGUGAAAAGUGCGAGAAUGGUUUAAGGAUUUUAGAAGCGCUCUCAGCAACAGGUUUGCGAAGCAUACGCUAUGCUAAAGAAAUUGCUGGAGUACGAGAAAUUAUUGCUAACGAUCUGUCAAAGGCUGCUGUAGCGUCCAUUAGUGAAAAUGUUCGCCACAAUGCUGUUGAAAAUUUAAUUGUGCCAAGCCAAUCAGAUGCAAUGACACUCAUGUAUCUCUCCACGUCUAAUGAGAAGCGCUUUGAUGUAAUUGAUUUGGAUCCUUAUGGCUGUCCAAAUCGCUUUUUAGAUGGUGCAUUGCAAUCUAUCGCCAAUGGUGGUUUAUUGCUUGUCACAGCUACAGAUAUGGCUGUGCUAGCGGGAAACACACCGGAGGCAUGCUACGCCAAAUAUGGAUGUGUUCCACUGCGUAUGAAAUGUUGUCAUGAAAUGGCUUUACGCAUUCUGUUACAUAGUAUAGAAACGCACGCAAAUCGCUAUGGGAAAUACAUUGAACCCCUUUUAAGUAUAUCAGCCGAUUUUUAUGUACGAGUUUUCGUAAGAAUACACACUGGGCAAGCAAAGUGUAAAUACAGUAUGAGCAAACAGUCGAUGAUAUUUCAAUGCACCGGUUGCGAAACGUUUACAUUGCAACCUUUAGGCAAUGUCAAAGUCAGCACAACAGACAAAGGCAAAUCUCAAACCAAAUUUGGUAUACCAACCGGACCAAGUGUUGGAACCAACUGUGAACAUUGCGGUCACAAACAUCAUAUGGGUGGCCCAAUAUGGUCUAAUCCGAUUCAUGAUCAUGGUUUCGUUAAAGAAUUGUUACAAACAAUAGAGGAGAGACCACUCUGUGAAUUAGGCACACAUCGACGUUUACAGGGUGUGCUGUCGGUGGUGCAAGAAGAACUGCUCGAUGUGCCGUUGUACUAUGUACUGGAUAAACUUUGUUGUGUCCUUAAGUUGGAAAAUGUGCCGGUAUUAAAAUUUCGGUCCGCGCUACUGCAUGCAGGAUAUCGAGUUUCUUUCUCACAUGCCAGUAAAAAUUCAAUUAAAACCGAUGCGCCUACAAGUGUAAUAUGGGAUAUACUCCGAUGUUGGGCUAAACGGCAUCCAGUGAAAGAGAAUCGUAUGUUGGAUGGUACACCAGUGAAGACUAUUUUGCAGCGGCCACCAACAAAAGACUAUGUUUUUGACGAUAUUCAUCCCGAAGCAAAUCCGUACAGCCGACGAAAUGCAUUAACACGUUUUCAGGAAAAUCCUACCGCACAUUGGGGUCCCGGUACAAGAGCAACCAUAAUGAUCGGUCAAGACAAAGUGGCCAAGAGUUUUCGAAACCAGAAUAAGAAACAAAAACAGAAGAGUACAGAUAAGGAUAACACUGCUAAGGAAAAUAGCGAUGAUGAACAGAGCAAAUGCAAACAACCAAAAUUAGAAACGUGAUUCUUAGUUUUCAUAAUGAUAUAUUUCUUAUUAAUCAAGUUUUAAUAAAAGUUUUUUUUUUUUUACAAA